ACGAAUUUUUUUAUAUAAAACUGUUUAAAAUAUAGAUGAUAUUAGUUAUUAAAAUGAUAAACCUAGUGUAAAUAAGGCAAAGUAUUUUAGUGAUAUUUAAAAAAUGUAAUUUUUGUGGGAAAGUAAAAUCAGCCAAUCAGAUAACAGUUCUUUCUAUCAUACAUACGAUUAUGCAGCCGUAUUAUAUAAUUUAUCGCAAAUUAAAAAAUGAAAAUAUUUAUAAUAAUCCUAAUUUAAACGAUCGUUAAUCUAGAGUGAUUUUUUUUUAAUAACUUCGCAGUACUAAUGCAUUAAUUUUAAAUUACGAGCGGCUCAAAACGUAAAUAACAAAUGUUAUUCUCGACAAUCGUUCAUUAGUUGGCGCCAUAUAUCAUACAUGUAUUUAUGAAGUCGUUGUCAAGGUUACGUAUAAAUUGAUUAUCGUAACACAUCAUACUUUUGGCUACGUUGGAAUUUAUACGAAGUAUUUUAAUAAUUUUAAACAAAAUGUCAAUGCACGCAACACCGAUACUCUACUUAAACAUGGGUGGUGAAAUGCUGUAUGUUUUACGACAAAGACUGAAAGCUCAAAAGAUCGACGUCGACAAAACUGUGCAAGUAUUAAAUGAUGUAACUGCGGCUUUACUCAAUGUCACAGCACUUUCUUCAGUAUUUAAAAAAGGCCCAGUUAUAGCUGUAGCAUCAUUGCGUCCUACUUUAGAAUGUGCUGCUUUAUCCUCUAUCAUGAGAUUGGAUAAUAGUAGCAUGGACAAAUUAUUUGAUCUAAUGACGAUGAUGGUAAAAUAUCAAUUGAGUGUAGUUACCGGUCCAAGAGAAGUCAUUCUUCUUACAUUAAAUCAUAUAGAUGCAAUGCGUGACAUGGUUAGCAAUGCAACUGGACAAGAAUGUGUUGCAUUGGUACAUCAGAUGGUUGUUGAUUUUUAUAGUGAUUUAACUUUUGACGAAGUCUGGAAAACAAGAUAUGAUUGCCUUCAAGAAUUAGAACCAUAUCGUGUGAGGGUUUCUAUUCUUUUGAGACUUGGUUUACAGAAUGAAGAUACUAGUUUUAAUUUAACAUUACAUAAGUAUAAUGAAAAGUAUGAAGAACAUAGACAUACAUUAGCCAAUCAAAAAAUAAAAGAUGUAGACCUCAAUCAGAAUUGUAGAGGUUCCUUCCAACUUUUUGGCGAUCGCGAAACAUUAUUGGGAAGAAAUAUAUACUCCUCUACAUAUGGAAUGACAGAAAGAUUAAAGCCAAAGCAACAUGAUUCGAACUUCCUAAAAGACUGUGGCACUAAAGCAGAACUUGGAAUGUUAGCUACUCAAUUAGGAACAGAAGAGACUUAUGAAAGACCUUUUACUUUAAAUUUAUUUUCCAAUGAAGAAGAAAAUUCAAAUAAUAAAAAUAAGUGUAAUAUUGAUAAAAAUAACUUUGAAAAGAAAGAAUUAGAAGUUGAGAAAACAAAGAUAAAUGAAGAGUAUAAAAAUAAGCUUGAUAAUGUUUAUGCAGAUUUUCGUGAAAAUGAACAGGAGAAAGUGGCACGCAAUAUGGAUCUACUUGAUUUACUUGAUGAAAUCGAAUAACGUACUA